UCUGCCUGUCACACUCAUCUGGAGUUGGGCGAGCUCCACAUCCUCUCCAUGAUCCCUCAGCAGUCAGAGAGGCAACAUCCUCAGCGAGGGGAAGCAGGUCUCACUGAGACUCUGCUCUGCAGCAGGAGGAAAGCGAUGAAGUGACUUCAUUUCAAGACUCUCCAGAAAAAAGAAUUAAACUUCUGAACACGAGAAAAGACCGGAACCUUUCGCGUUAAAGGAGAUAGAAUCCUGGUUGGGGAAAAAUGAUGGAACUGACGAUUCAGUUGAUCCCAACGGGGGAGAUCAUCUUUUCUCCAGGGAAGAAUGGAGAAAACUUCUGCCACGGCUGCAAGGUGGUGGCUAGUGAAGGUGUGCGGGCUAUGAUGGAGUCGGCCCUAACAGCAAGAGACCGGGUCGGCGUGCAGGACUUUGUCCUGCUGGAGAACUACACCAGUGAGGCCGCCUUUAUAGAGAACCUACGUAAACGCUUCAAGGAGAACCUCAUCUAUACCUACAUCGGUUCAGUGCUGGUGUCAGUUAACCCGUACAAAGACCUGGAAAUCUACAACAAGAACCACAUGGAGCGAUACCGGGGCGUCAAUUUCUACGAAGUCUCACCACACAUCUAUGCCGUGGCUGACAACUCCUACCGUUCCAUGAGGACCGAGAGGAAGGAUCAAUGCAUCCUGAUCUCUGGGGAGAGUGGCGCCGGAAAGACGGAGGCGUCUAAAAAGAUCCUGCAGUACUACGCCAUCACAUGCCCAGCCAGUGCGCACGUGCAGACCAUCAAAGAUCGCCUGCUGCAGUCCAACCCAGUGCUGGAGGCGUUUGGGAACGCCAAGACAUUGCGCAACGAUAACUCCAGCCGCUUCGGCAAAUACAUGGAUAUUCAGUUUGACUUCAAGGGCGCGCCCGUUGGGGGUCACAUCAUCAACUACCUGCUGGAGAAGUCCAGAGUGGUCCACCAGAACCACGGCGAGAGAAACUUUCACAUCUUCUAUCAGCUGAUUGAGGGUGGGGAGGAGGACCUGCUGAGGCGCCUGGGCCUGGAGAGGAACCCCCAGCAGUACCACUAUCUGGUCAAAGGCAACUGUCCCAAAGUGAGCUCCAUCAACGACCGCAGCGAUUGGAAGGUAGUGAGGAAAGCCCUGACUGUGAUUGGCUUCAAUGACGAUGAGGUGGAGGAGCUGCUCAACAUCAUUGCAAGCGUGCUUCACCUUGGCAACGUACAGUACGGAGGAGAAGAAGGGAGCGCCUGCAUCACCUCAGACACUCAGAUAAAGUACCUGGCCAGGCUGUUGGGAGUGAAUGGAGCUGUGCUGACGGAGGCACUAACACACAAGAAGAUCACUGCAAAAGGCGAGGAGCUGAUGAGUCCGCUGAACAUGGACCAGGCCUCUUCUGCUCGGGAUGCGCUGUCCAAGGCGGUGUAUGGACGCACUUUCACCUGGCUGGUUAACAAGAUCAACUUUUCCUUAGCCAACAAGGAUGAGUCUAACAAAAAUUAUUCAGUCAUUGGUCUGUUGGACAUCUACGGCUUUGAGGUUUUCCAGAACAACAGCUUUGAGCAGUUCUGCAUCAAUUACUGCAACGAGAAGCUGCAGCAGCUCUUCAUCGAACUAACCCUCAAGUCUGAGCAGGAGGAGUAUGAGGCUGAAGGCAUCACGUGGGAGCCUGUCCAGUAUUUUAACAACAAAAUCAUCUGUGACCUGGUGGAGGAAAAGUUUAAAGGCAUCAUCUCCAUCCUGGAUGAAGAAUGUUUGAGGCCCGGAGAUGCCAGUGACCUGACCUUCCUGGAGAAGCUGGAGGACACCGUGGGAGGGCAUCCACACUUUGUCACUCACAAGCUGGCUGAUGGAAAGACCCGGAAGGUGAUGGGCAGAGAUGAGUUCAGGCUGCAGCACUACGCUGGAGACGUCAACUACAACGUGAAUGGGUUUCUCGACAAGAACAACGACUUGCUGUUCAGGAACUUGAAGGAGGUCAUGUGCAUGUCGGAGAACAAUAUCCUGACCCAGUGCUUCGACAAGGAGGAGCUGAGUGACAAGAAGCGUCCUGAAACGGCAGCCACUCAGUUCAAAACCAGCCUGGCGAAGCUGAUGGAGAUCCUGAUGUCCAAGGAGCCGUCAUACGUCCGCUGCAUCAAGCCUAAUGACUCCAAGCAAGCAGGUCGGUUCGAUGAGGUGCUGAUCCGUCACCAGGUCAAGUAUCUGGGUCUGAUGGAGAACCUGAGGGUGAGGAGGGCUGGCUUCGCCUACAGACGGCGUUACGAGGUCUUCCUGCAGAGGUACAAGUCUCUGUGUCCAGAAACGUGGCCUAACUGGCACGGAAAGCUGUCAGACGGAGUCUCCACUCUGGUCAAACAUCUGGGAUAUAAACCUGAGGAGUACAAAAUGGGCAGAUCUAAAAUCUUCAUCCGUUUCCCCAAAACUCUGUUUGCCACUGAAGAUGCUCUGGAGACCCGGAAACAUGGUCUUGCCACCAAACUGCAGGCGGGAUGGAAGGGCUACAGCCAGAAGUCCAAAUACCAAAAACUCAGAGGUUCAGCCAUCGCAAUCCAAGCGUGGUGGAGGGGCAUCCUGGCCAGGAGGAGAGCAAAGCGCAGACGGCAGGCUGCUGAUAGAAUUCGCAGGUUUAUCAAAGGUUUCAUCAAUCGCCACAAAGAACGCUGCCCAGAGAACGAAUACUUCCUGGAUUAUGUUCGUUACUCGUUCCUGACAAAUCUACGGAAGAAUCUGCCCAAGAACGUUCUGGACAAGAACUGGCCGACACCUCCAGCGGCUCUCACUGAGGCCUCAGAACUUUUACGGAAGAUGUGCAUGCAGAACAUGGUGUGGAGCUACUGCAAGAAGACAAGUCCAGAGUGGAAACAUCAGAUGGAGCAGAAGAUGAUUGCCAGCGAGAUCUUCAAAGAUAAGAAGGACAACUACCCCCAGAGCGUGUCCAAGCUGUUUCUCAACACGAGGCUCACUGGAGAGAACAUCAGUCCCAAGGUGCUGCAGGCUCUGGGCAAUGAGAAGAUGAAGUAUGCAGUAACGGUGACAAAGUACGACCGGAAGGGCUACAAGGCUCGGACCCGCCAGCUGCUGCUCACCGCCAACUCUGCCAUCAUCGUGGAGGAGGGCAAACUGAAGCAGCGCAUCGACUAUGGAGCCCUCAAAGGCAUCUCGGUCAGCUCUCUCAGCGACGGCCUUUUUGUUCUGCACGUGCCCAGUGACGACAACAAACAAAAGGGUGACGUGAUUUUGCAAAGCGAGCACGUGAUUGAGACCUUGACCAAGAUCGCCAUCUGUGCCGACAAAAUCAACAACAUCAACAUCAGCCAGGGCAGCAUCCAGUUUACAGUGGGUCAAGGGAAAGAGGGGGUCAUAGACUUCACCGCCGGGUCAGAACUGCUGGUGACCAAGGCAAAGAACGGACACUUGUCUGUGACGGCGCCCAGACUGAACAGCAGAUGAUCCCCAUCCACAAAGAGGAAGCCCCUCCUGAGCUCUGCCCUCCUCCCUCCACUGGGCUCCAGGCCGCCCUCUGCAUCAGCCAAUCACACACCAGCAGUCCUUCGUGGAGGAGCUUUUGCUUUCAAUGUAACAGAGAAAAACCCAGCUAAACUAAUUGUUAUAUAUUUAUGUUUAUAAUUAAUAUUUGGGGGGAAUUAAUAUUGUUGCUUGUGGAAUAUUCAGAUUUUUUUUUAUUGUCAGGAAUAAUAAAUGUAUGUUGUUGUGCUUGAUUUGGGAACAAAAAACUGAUGGAAAAGUCUGGAUCAGAACCAGUAGGGGAGGUGAGAUAUUGCUUCAAAGCUCAUCAGUCAGGAAGGGAAAGUACGUUUACUUCUUGACUUGUAAAGUUGACGCUGCUCCUCCUGAACGCCAUUGAUCUGUUGGAAUGUGAUGGCGUGGGGUUUGGUGAGGAAGAGCAGCUUUUCCAUCACAUGGAUCGUCUGCGGCUCAGCCGGAACAGCUGACGUACUACUGAAUUGACUUCACUCGGCUGUUCUUUGUGCAGCUUUCCAAAAGCGUUUGGGGAUCAUCACUGUGUGUGCGUGUUUUGGAAAUACUUCAAAAUGUAUGGAAGUUGAGGAGGAAGGGAAGACAAGUGACGUAAGCAGAAGCUGCUUCCUGUGCCUCACCUGCCUGUUUACCUGAGAGGAGCAGCUUUAUCUCAAACACAUAAAUUUAGCCAACAGAUUUACAGCUGAUUUAUAUUCAUAUGUCAGAUUUUAUAACUGAAAACCUGUCAGGUGGAAGCAGACAAAACUGAACCAACUCUCAUCCUAAAGUAACAUUUGAUGAGUCAGCGAUGGUGCAAAAACCAAAGUCUAAAGUUUUUUUUUUAAAUAAAGCAGGUCUGUGACAUUUUGAUGAAAGUUUUGUGCCAACAUGUAUAACAAUCUGCCAAUUUCAUGAUUUUUGCUAAAGGUAAGAGUUUUCCAAAAAUGUCUCUAAAUGUAUGGGCGGAUGAAUAAUCCUAAAGUCCCGUCUGGACGCUUGCCGCUUGCCUUUCCUGUCUGUGAUGCUUUUUCAACCAUUAAAAUGACCGCAACUCGACACGUUUGUGGUAGUUGGACGCUCGACAAACCGGAUCUACAGCCAGCAUCCACCGUCCAACUCCACCUCUGUGAGACCAAAGACUGCUGAAGAAAAGCUGCCACUUCAGAGGAGCUGGAAGGAGUUUCCAGCUUGAUUUUCUUCUUCUCGCCUCUGGAGAAACGCCGGUGGCAGCAUGCACCUACAAGCCAGAGGACCCACUUUGUGCUUCUGUCUGUAUAAUUAAUAUGAUUCUGUCAUUUCUAAAUAAUAUGUCUGUUUUCCAAAUAGUGGAGGGUUUUGUACAGUUUUGGGUCUGUGCGAUAAUUUGUUUUUGGAGCAAACUGGUGCCUUCUGUUGGACAUGGAUGGAGGAUUUGAAUGCUGGGAGAUGGACGUCUGUUUUUCCUCUUUCUGUGUCCAAAACAAUUUAAAUGUUUAUCCCCCCCACCCCACCACCACCAUCUCUGUCCUGACUCACUGUAUGUACCCCAUCAAUGUAAAAUUAUGGAAACUCCAAAGAAUUAUGAAACUUCAACUAAAAAUAAAUGUAUAUUGUUUCAUUUGAA